AUGGAGUUAUCUGCUGCAAGUCUCUUAACACAGCUUAUGAUACGUGUCUCGACUCAAUUGUUGUCCCAUAUUACCAUAAAGCAACACAUAUGCUGGUCAGACAGUACCAUUGUCCUAGCAUGGCUAAACACACCUCCUCAUAGACUUCAGGUCUUUGAAGCUAACAGGGUUGCCAAGAUAACAUCCAAUCCAAUCACCUCCACAUGGAAACAUGUUCCUACAAACCUGAACCCUGCAGACUGUGCGAGCAGGGGAAUGUCUGCCCAGUCACUAUCGGCUCAUGAUCUUUGGUGGUCUCCUAGCUGGCUGAAGGAGCCUCCUGACACCUGGCCCAAAAUGCCUCCUGCUCUAGGCCACCAUGCAUUACCAGGUCUGAAGCCCAAGAAAGUACCAGCUCAUAUAGCAGUUCCUGACCUCGACCUUGACUUGCUUACUCGAUUCAGUUCUCUCGACAAGCUCGUUGGAGUGACAGCUUGCAUAAAACGCUUUAUUUUCAAUUGUAGACACAACUCAACUGAUAGGCGCUCUGGUUCCUUGACAGUUGGAGAACGUAGAGAUGCUCUGUUAUUCUGGGUUCGCUCUGUUCAACACAAUGAGUUUGCGGAAGAUAUUUACCGUCUUCAGGCAGGCAAGAUUUGUACCGUUCGACUUCAGCGUCUUUCACCCUUGAUGAAAGAUGAUCUCUUGAGAGUUGGUGGUCGCCUAACUCAUGCGCCAAUAAGAUACGAUGCUCAGCAUCCUCUCGUUCUGCCCAGCUCUAGCCCACUAGUUGAUCUCAUCAUAGACCACUAUCACAGAAUAAACUGUCAUCCUGGGGCUGACACAUUACACGCUAUCCUCCGUCAGCAGUUCUGGAUACUCUCAGCACGUCGUGCCAUCAGGCAUCGCGUGUACAAAUGCAUUAGAUGUUUCCGAUAUCGCGCUCAGGCCAGAGCUCCGAUGAUGGCUGAUUUGCCCGCAGAUAGGGUCACACCUCAGCCAGUAUUUAGUCAGGUCUCUACAGAUUUUGCUGGCCCGUUUCUCAUUAAAUCUAGUACUUUACGUAACGUCAAACUCAUGAAGGCAUACUUUUGUGUCUUUGUUUGCUUAUCUACCAAGGCGGUUCACUUGGAACUCGUUUCGUCACUCAGCACUGAAGCGUUUCUUGCUGCAAUGCAACGGUUUGUAUCGCGUCGCGGUACUCCUAAUCUUGUCCGUUCUGACUGUGGCACAAAUUAUGUAGGAGCUAAGAAUCAUCUCAUUGAGGUACAAGAUUUUCUCGCGCAAAAUAAUGACACAAUCACGCAUAGGCUCGCUAAUCAGCACAUAACUUGGCUGCUCCAACCGCCCACGGGACCCUGGUUCGGGGGCCUUCACGAAAUUGCGGUCAAGAGCACUAAGAAGUUACUUUAUCAUGUUAUAGGUGAACAGCACCUCACGUUUGAAGAAUUUUCCACACUUUUAACUCGAGUCGAGGCAGUACUUAAUUCUAGACCUCUCUGCCCACUUUCGUCAGAUCCCUCCGAUUUUGAGCCACUAACAGCUGGCCACUUUCUUAUUGGCCGUCCACUCACCGCUCUUCCUGAGCCAUCUUUUGAUGAUAGGCCAUUAUCAGCUCUUAAGCGUUUUCAGCUCAUCCAAGCUCUCUCUCAGUGUUUUUGGACUCUGUGGACCAAAUCCUAUCUCCAUACCCUCCAAACCCGCUCCAAAUGGCUUUCCACAUCCUCACCUCCUCGAGUUGGAGAGCUCGUCCUCAUCAAAGAGGACAAUCAGCCCCCGCUGCAAUGGAAACUUGGAAGGAUUAUCCGCACGUUACCCGGCAAGGAUGGAGUGAUCAGAGUCGUGGAUUUGGACACGAAGCAUGGAAGUCUGCGGAGACCUGUGUUCAAGUUAGCCAGGUUGCCGCUGGAUUCAGCACAUGAAGAAGUUCAGCCCCGGCCGCCCCAGGAUGUUCGCGCGACAGCGCGACGUUUGUAA